GUUUCUUCGGUUUUGGUUAUGUAGGUUUUCAGUUGUAAAGCAACAAAAAUGAGUGAAUGUUUUCCUUAAUUUUAUGGACCUCUAAUUUUUUCAAUGUGAUAGUUAUUAGUUAAUUAUUUAGUAAAGGUAUUUUCUACGAAAGUUAAGAGCCAUGGAAGAUUUUACAUGCCCAAGAUGUCGAACAUCCAAAUUUCAAAAUCCAUCAUUAAAAAUGAUGGUGAAUGUGUGUGGACAUGGUUUGUGUGAAAGUUGUGUUGAUUUACUAUUUUUAAAAGGAUCUGGAUCAUGCCCGGAGUGUAGAAUCCCACUAAGAAGGAACAAUUUUCGUGUGCAAUUGUUUGAAGAUCCACAGGUGGAAAAAGAAGUUGAUAUACGAAAAAGAGUACUUCGUGAUUUCAAUAAGAAAGAAGAAGACUUUGAAACAUUACAGGAAUAUAAUAAUUAUUUGGAAGAAGUGGAAACUAUUAUUUAUAAUUUAACCAAUAAUAUUGAUGUAGUAAAUACUAAUAAAAAAAUUGAGCAAUACAAAAAAGACAAUAGGGAACAAAUUCUGAAAGGUAAAAAUAGGCUGGGACGUGAAGAAUAUGAGCUUGAAGAAAUGUUAGAAAUGGAAAAGCAAAUGGAGCAGUCCAGAAAACAAGAAAUUCAAAAGGAAGAGAUGGAGGCAAAGAAGAAAAAGAUUCUUGAAAAGGAAGCUUUAAUUGAUGAACUUAUGUUUUCCAAUGCAAAUGCUCAAAAUAUCCUAGACACUUUUGUUCAACAAGUCAAAGAAGCUGAAGAAGAAAAAGCCAAAGCUCCAGCAAAACUUUCCCAGUUUUCCAGUGGCAUACAGUUUGGCAGGCAGUCUCAAACUACCUUCUUACCAGUUCCUACAGAUGAAGGUCCAUUAUACAGUUACAAACCUAUAGUCUUAGAAGCAAAUGGACCCAGACCACCAAAUGAUAUAGAAAUUGUUAGCAGGGGCUUUAUUAACCAUGUUCGAAGUGAGACUGAGCAGGAGAGGGCUGGAGGAUUUAAGUGUAACAUUGCUUGUACCAGGGCAAUGCAAGAUGCUAUGAUGGGACUGUACCACACUAAAAAAGUCUAAUUUUGUUUUCAUGUACAUAUUUGUUUGUCUGUGACAUACAGAGCUCACCUACUAUUUUGUACAAACAUUUAAGUUAUUAAAGUUGAUUUUUCAGUAUA